AUGGAGCAGGGCAAAGCCCAGAACGACGCGGGCCCAGGCACCUCCACAGAAGACGAGUUCCGAUACGUGGCGCCUCGAUGGUUCCUCGACAAUAUCAAAACCGCCGAAGAGCUUAAGAAAGCCCAAGCCAGAAUCUGGCUUGUCGACGAGGGCACAGAAGCUGUCGAAGGUUCAAGCGUGACCGAAGCAACACCUGAUGAGAAGUUCUUACCUGAGGCUGCCGGCGAUGGGCGAGACACCUAUUUCACUGUUGGUCGCGAAGUCGUGGAGGACCUCCUAGACACCGCAGCCUCUCUACAAAUGGUGAAUCUCGCAGGCCGCUUACCCCGCACCCAAUCCAGCAUCACAUUAUCAUGCGAGAUGAGAUUCGGUUUGCAGUUCUUGGACGAGCUUGUCAUCUUCAUGGCCAAGGAACUGGAAUCUUCACUCGUAUCGAUCAACGUGCAAGACUUGGAAGAUGUCGGAUUGGACUUCUAUUGCCAAAAGAAAGCUUUUGAACGGAUAAGAUACCAAAAGGAGGACCAGACUGGUGAUGGAAGUGCCAAUAUCAACGACGAUGACAACGAACUUGGAGACAGUGACGACGACUCUGACGCCAGCGCUGGCAGCUAUGACACCUCGAGCAUCGCCCAAAAAGCUGCGCAACGCUAUUUCGGGGUUUGGAGCGACUCCCUUACAGAAGCCGAGAAGAAACGUAGCAACGAUGCGCUGUCUGCCUUGCUAGAUGCCGUUGAAAAGAAGGGAAAGGCUCCGAAUGGACACAGGGAGGAUGGGGAAGGCUUUGUUCCUCAUCAUACGCCCCAGCCUCCACUGAAUGGUUCGGUUUCGAAGCCAGGCUCCACUAUUCUCUAUCUCCGUGAUGGCUUGGAAUCACUGGAGCCAUCCGAACAUGGCCACCAGACGUGGGGAUGCAGGCUGCAGGACGCCGUCAAUCAGCUUAGAAAAGGCGGGGAGAAAGUCAUCAUCGUCAUGGCCGCAACGCAUACAGAUGCCGAUGAACACGGCAUCGACUCGCACCCAGACAUACCCUGGAAAAUAUCUAGCUGUCACUGCCAUCGGCUUUCAAAAGACGGACGUUACGUUGAGAUUCGCGAUUCCCGGCCUGGCACGACAAUCCCCCUGAUGCCACUGAACGUUCCAAGAGGUUGGCUAGAUGAGAGAAAGUCUGAAUGGGAAGGAUCUAUCGCUGCAACUCGUAUUCAAUCCUUCAAACGCAGAUUGAAAGCGCAACUAGCACAGUACCCUUCGAUGCCCCCGGACCUCCUGGAGCCACAGCACGACUGGUUUUCGCUGCUGCCUGAACGAGUUGCAAGCGAGUUUGCUUCGGUGCAUUUUAAGGAGAGUGUUAACGUAGCGUUCAAUCGCCUACUCUCCCGGUGCUCUAGAAAGCAGAAGGUUGAUUCCAGCGAUGUUCGAGCCAUUCUUCUUCGGAUCAAUGGCAGUGACACAUCGAUAACGGGGGAAGAUGGCGACUCAGAGGGUAAUUCCGACAAAUGCGAUGAUGAAUCCAGCGAAGACAACAAUGAAUCUUCGGAGAGUUCGUGGGAAGAAAAGUUGCGUCAGCUUAGUGGUCUAUACACUACCUCCUGCAUGGCUAAUCCUUUGUUAGAUGAUCUUGAUGCACAACUCGACAAUGUGGUUCUCGACCAGGAUGUGAUGACAAGCAUUACGACUAUUAUACAGCAGCAGCAGCAUCAACCCGAUAUUGGAGCAGCCUCGUCUGGGAUCAUGGAUUUGGUCAAAAUCAGAGGCAUCUUGCUCUACGGACCACCUGGCACCGGAAAGACUCUUCUGGCACGUGUGAUUGCUAAGAGCACAGGACACAUUAUGAUUGCCGUCGACCCCGCCACUAUCAGAACCUGUUUAGUAGGAACGACUGAGAAACGCAUUCGCGCUGCCUUUACCCUGGCGCAAAAGCUCUUCCCAUGCAUCAUAUUCAUUGACGAACUCGACUCCCUAUUCCUCCGCCGCACCAGUAAUGAUAGACCCUGGGAGCGUGCUUCUGUCAUCCAGUUCCUCCAGUCUAUGGACGGUUUGGUGCAAGACAAGCGCGCUCCACUCGUCAUCGGAGCCACCAACAAGCCAAUGGAUCUCGACAGCGCCUUCUUACGCCGACUGCCGCACAAGGUUUCUCUUGGACUCCCGGACGCCAAAGCGAGGACACGAAUACUCCUUCUGCUUCUUGAGGGAGUCAACUUGGAUCAUGUCAAUAUCGACCAUCUUGCCGCCGUAACCGAAGGAUUCUCUGGAGCAGACCUGAAAACCCUUUGUAGCCAAGCGGCCCUUGAUUGGGCUGUUCAGAAAAAUAUGGAGUCAGGUCAACCAAGCUCGGAGCUUGAGGCGCGCUUGACGGACGAGCACUUUUCCAAAGCAUUCGGUAAGAUAAAGCCAGGUACCUCACAGAAGGAUCUGGCGUUACUCGAGGAGUUCACAAAACGUUUUGGCCCUGUCACGCGGGCGAGUUCCAACCAAGCGCAUUCUGAUUCUCCGGUAGAGAAGAACUAUUACAAAGUGGCCGAUGCGUGGACGAACUUUCCUGAGAAAGCACGGAAAGUCAUUCGUUGGAUUGAUUCUCAAGAGCCCAACGGAGAGAGUAGCCCAUACUUCUGGGAAAAGAAGUUGCUGCCCCUUCUGGUUGACCCACACACAAUCGGAGCAUGCUGGUCCGACCUCGCGAUCCAUCCCAAGACUGAGCAGGAGAUCAAGGAAAUCCUCAAUCACCAUAGUAACAGCUGCGAAUCCACACAAUCCUAUGGUCUCCUGAGAGGUAGCCAUACAGGAGGCGCCCUUGUUUAUGGACCGCCUGGGACAGGUAAGACUCAACUGGCACGUGUGCUAGCCCACGAGUCUGGCACAGUCGUCAUCUGUGCCACACCGGCCGACCUCGUGAGUAAGCAUUGGGGAGAGGGACCUAAAGCAAUCAAGGGUCUCUUCAACUUGGGGAGACUACUAGCCCCGAGCAUCAUCUUUAUUGAUGAGGCGGAAUCGAUGUUCCCAGCCAGAGAACUGAUGCAGCGCCAGCGCGAGCUGGCCGAUAUCAACCAACUGCUACACGAAAUGGAUGGUUUGACGAAGUCAAAGGAUACGCCAUUCGUUCUGAUUGCUACCAAUCUUCCUGGACGCCUGGAUACAGCUGUUCUACGUCGUGUCCCUAGCAAAUUCUACUUGGGACUUCCCACUACGGAAAUCAGAGCAAAAGUUUUUGCAGCUGUCUUGAAGGAGGAAAUUCUCCAUUCUUCGGUUAACGUAUAUCAACUCGCACUCCUGACGCCUGGCUUGACAGGAUCGGACAUUCGGACAUUAUGUGUGCAAACGGCUAUUAUCUGCGACAAGAUUGUGGAAGAGGGUGACAACAAGGGCAAAAGACUCCUCACUAGGGACCAUUUUGCGGAAGCUCUCAGUAGAAUGAGCCCGACCUUCACUAAAGAGGCACUCUCAGCCAUCAGAAAUUUCGCAGAAGCGAGUCAUCCUGUGGGACUGGAGCAGAUGGAAGCAUGGGAGGCAGACGCAUUACGAGUCCAAGAGUUUUGGGCCACAAGGAAGACUGAUUCCGGCGUAAGUGGAGAAAGCCAUACUGCAGAUUUUCCAAACAACGAGAACACCUCUAAUCCCCUCUUCGACGAAGGUCCUCCCGACUCAAGCGGAGGACCUGUCUCCAUCAUAAACCCACCGGCCGGCUGUCUCGAGAAAAUACGUCGGUGUGCCAAUUACACCCCCCUACCUACUCCGACAUCAAUUCGGCUUGUAAAGCUUUACAACUUUACUGGAUCUAAACCAUGGUCCAUGCAUGAACCCAUCCGGUGUUCAAUUGUUCUCGCGGACCUAGCAGACACGCCCGAAUAUUUCGCUCUCUCAUACACGUGGGGUGAUCCCCGUACGAUCUACACAGAAAAGAAUGAUGUGCUCUCCGCUGAGGCUUGGGCAUCCCCCGCCUUUGAGAUUGACUGCGAUGGCCAUGCUGUGUCUGUCGCCACGAAUCUGUAUACGGCCCUCGUUUCUAUCCGUGGGAAGUUCAGCGAGAGGAAAUUCAUCAAGCCCAUUAGCGAAGAUCAAUUUCGCCCCAACAAUGCCAAUUAUUCCUACAUAUGGAUCGACGCUCUUUGCAUCAACCAGGAUGAUUUACAAGAAAAGGCCAACCAGAUCCCUCUUAUGAAUCGUAUUUACAGUCAGGCCCGUGCUACAAUCAUGUGGCUUGGCGGCGAGGAGCCGCUCAUCAAGAGGGGUGUACCUGAAACCAUGGACAAACUUCAACUCGUGGUCAAUCGGCUCCGGGAGGAAAUAGGGCCCGAAAAUGAGGACCUGGUGAUUGAUUGGUGCCGAACAUUCGACAUCUACGACCCUGAUGCCUAUGAGGUGCUUGGUCUGGAGCCUAUCGACCUGGUGGACCUUGUUGGCUGGUACCUCCUCUUUAGCCGGUCUUGGUUCAAGAGGGCAUGGGUAGUCCAGGAAUGGGUCCUGUCUCCGACCUGCUUUUUCCUCUGUGGUACUCUCACGUUUUCUACAGAAGCCUUUUGUAGCAUGUUCAUUGAUUUCUCGCGCCGGCAUUGGACAUUGCAGAUUCAAAAGCUGGUCAUUGCUAACCUCUUGGAUCCCGAAACGAUGGCCAUCCCUCAUGGGCUAGAACAGUUUAACACCGACCAUCGUGACUUUCCUUUGGAGUCUAAAUAUCGCACCCUGCCGCUGUUUCGGGCGAAAUUGGACUACAGCAUCUUCGACGAGCUCGAUGAGUCUCUUCUGGCUGUUUACAUUCUGAGGGAUUUCUUUACCGACGAGCGCUCAAAAACCCCUCCGCGAGAUCCAAGCUCGCAGGAGCUAUGGAAUAUCGGCAUGUCGAUUCAGCUGUUCCGUGGCAGGCGCUGCUUUAAUCCACGGGAUAAGAUUUAUGCAUUCCAUGGAAUCUUCAAGAAUUCCGACGGAAUGUCGAUAUUUCCCUCCCCGGAUUAUCUGAAGUCAGUAUCUGAGGUCUACGCCGAAGCCACUCGUGCCAUCGCCCUCGAGAUAGGAAUUUCAUUCCUUCAUUUCCGAGAGUUUCGAUCAAGCAACCCUCACGGUCUGCCCUCCUGGGUGCCCGACUAUCAAGUACAUGAUGGCUUCCUGAAGUUGGACAACCCAUUUACGCCCACCAAGCAUCCGUCCAGCUUCUUCAAAGCUGCGUCCGGUCUGGGAACAUCUACGUUGUGA